GUCUAACUAAUUUUUGAGAGUUUUCUACUUGAUCACCAAAAGAAAAAGAUCGAUCGAGGAUGUGGGAGUUAAAGAUAGCCGAAGGUGAUGGCCCCUAUUUGUAUAGUACAAACAACUUUGUUGGUAGACAGUUUUGGGAGUUUAAUCCGGACGCUGGAACUGUUGAGGAGAAACAAGAAGUCGAGAAGAUUCGUCUGAACUACAAAAAUAAUCGAAGAAAUGGAGGAUUUCAUGCCUGUGGUGAUCUCCUCAUGCGGAGGCAGCUAAUAAAGGAAAAUGGGAUAGAUCUUAUGAGCACAUCUCCAAUGAGAAUACGAGAAGGCGAACAAGUUAGUUUUGAAGCAGUAACAACGGCAGUAAAGAAAGCUGUCAGACUACACCGUGCCAUCCAAGCAAAAGACGGACACUGGCCAGCUGAAAAUGCCGGCCCCAUGUUUUUCACUCCUCCACUUGUAAUUGCUUUAUACAUCAGCGGUACUAUUAACUCUGUAUUGACAGCAGAACACAAGAAAGAGAUGAUAAGGUACUUUUAUAAUCAUCAGAAUGAAGAUGGCGGAUGGGGGUUUUACAUCGAAGGACAUAGCACGAUGAUUGGAAGUGCAUUGAGUUAUGUAGCUUUACGAAUAUUAGGAGAGGGAGAAGAGGACGGAGAUGGUGCAAUCUCGAGAGGCCGCAAAUGGAUACUUGACCAUGGUGGUGCAAGUUCAAUUCCGUCUUGGGGAAAGGUUUAUCUUGCGGUGCUUGGAGUGUAUGAAUGGGAGGGUUGCAACCCAUUACCACCCGAAUUCUGGUUAUUCCCAUCAGUGUUCCCUUUUCAUCCGGCCGAGAUGUGGUGCUACUGCCGGACAACCUACAUGCCAAUGUCGUAUUUAUAUGGGAAAAGAAUCCAAGGACCAAUAACACAUCUUAUUUCAUCAUUAAGAAAGGAGAUUCACCCCACUCCUUUUGAGGAAAUAAAUUGGAAUAAACAGCGGAAUAACUGUUGCAAGGAGGACUUCUACUAUCCACAUUCACUUCUUCAAGAUGCAUUAUGGCAUAGCCUUCACUAUCUUUCUGAACCAGUUCUCAAAUACUGGCCAUUUUCUAAGCUAAGAGACAGAUCUCUUGAAAGAGUUGUUGAACUGAUGCGUUAUGAAGCUGAGGAGACUAGAUACAUGACCAUAGGAUGCGUCGAAAAGAGUCUACAGAUGAUGUGUUGGUGGGCGGAAAAUCCAAAUGGGGAUGAAUUCAAAUAUCACCUGGCCCGAGUACCUGAUUACUUAUGGAUUGCAGAAGAUGGAAUGACAAUGCAUAGUUUUGGUAGUCAAGUAUGGGAUUGUUCUCUUGUGAUUCAAGCAAUUCUUGCAAGUAAUAUGCCUGAGGAAUAUGGUGAUUGUCUCAAAAAAGGACACUUCUACUUAAAAGAAUCACAGGUAAAAGAAAAUCCAUCAGGAGAUUUCACUCAAAUGUGUCGACAGUUCACAAAAGGAUCAUGGACUUUCUCAGAUCAAGAUCAAGGGUGGACUGUCUCAGAUUGUACGGCAGAAGCCCUAAAGUGUCUACUCUUACUAUCUCAUAUGCCAAAAGAAGUUUCUGGAGAGAAAGAUGACACUGCCCGCCUAUAUGAUGCAGUGAAUGUGCUUCUUUACAUGCAAAGUCCUAUAAGCGGCGGAUUUGCUGUUUGGGAGCCACCAAUUCCAAAACCAUUUCUACAGUUACUUAAUCCUUCAGAAAUUUUUGCAGAUAUUGUUGUUGAAAAAGAACAUGUGGAGACGACAGCUUCCAUCAUUGGAGUUCUAGUAGACUUUAAUCGUGUCUAUCCAAGACACAGAAAGGAAGAAAUAAAAAAUUCCAUUUCAGAAGGGAUACGCUAUCUUGAAGAAACACAAUGGAAUGAUGGUUCAUGGUACGGCUACUGGGGAGUAUGCUUCAUCUACGGAACUUUCUUUGCCCUUAGGGGUUUAAGUUGUACCGGACAGACAUAUGAAAAUAACAAUGCAGUCCGUAAGGGUGUUAAAUUCUUACUUUCAAUACAGAACGAAGAAGGAGGUUGGGGUGAGAGCCACAUCUCCUGCCCUACUGAGGUGUAUACACCUUUGGAUGGAAACAGGACAAAUUUGGUCCAAACCUCAUGGGCUAUGCUUGGUCUUAUGUUUGGUGGACAGGUGGAUAGAGAUCCAAUGCCAUUGCAUAAAGCAGCUAAACUAUUGAUCAAUGCCCAAAUGGAUAACGGAGAUUUUCCUCAGCAGGAAAUUACUGGAGUCUACAUGAAGAACUGUUUGUUACUUUAUGCACAAUACAAGAACAUCUUUCCACUCUGGGCACUAGGGGAGUAUCGCAGACGUCUUUGGUAGCAAUGCCCAAACAAAAAAAGCUACAAUUAUGCAUGGUACUCUAGCUAGGAAUAUGCAAAUCAUACGAAAGUCAUACAGUGGGUAUAGCAAUACUUGUAUAAGGUGAUAGGCUUGUCAUAAUGUCCGAAUAAGUUUAAAACAAUGUAGCCCCACAGUGACAAUUAUGAAUCCUUGUGAAUGGUAUAUGUCUAUAAAGCUCCCCAUCCUGCUCUAAAUACUCAAUGUUCUGAUUAUUAUUGUGUGUAGGAUCGA